AUGGCCAUUUCGUUUCGACGCCUCCUUUCUCUUGUUCCCCUGGGUUUGGUUCCCUCUGCCGCGGCCACCACAUUACGCCCACGCAUCUUCGCGGACACAAAUCGAGACGGAUUCGUCAACCAGCUGGACGAGCCCCACAAGCACGAUUGGACAGCUUCUCGUGGAGCUAUCUUUCUGCCGAACAUCGGUGAUUCCGACCGCAGAUGCCCGGUCGCUGACCUAACCGGUACACCUCUCUCCAACGACGAGCUCUGGCGCUGUCACGAUGCCUCCGGCGACCGCCUAAUACCCUCGAGUGCUGCUUACGCCGCGCCGCUCCUUACUCUCCCACUACCGAAUGUGUCCGACAACGCGGUAGGACACAUCUACACGGAGCCUGCCCACACCCGUGACCGCGUCCGCCUCUUUUGGAAGGAGAAUGAUUGGAGCACCGGUUACUCGACUGUUUGGGCAACUGUAGACCGUCAGGUCACCUUCAACGCAACCAGCCUGCGAAAUGGCAUCACCCUCGCCAUCGACGGACGCGAGCUGGUGACGGAUGAGGCAGUCUGGGACGGCUCGGUCAAGGUUGUGUUCGAAGUCACAGACGGUGACCGAAAGGCCCGCGAUUUCGUUGCUAUGAAGCAGGCUCCGGUGCUGAUACACCAUCAUUUGCAACAAGCCGAAGUUGUUCUCGCUACUGCCCCGGGGGACAAUCAGACUAUUGGAUCCUCGUGGCAAGGUCAUUUCGUCCGCGGUGUCGAGAAAGCGAUUGACGGCGAUGUGCCCACGGUUCUGUUUAACCAGAGCACCGACAUAUGGGCCCAGGACUUCCUCGAGCCCGGAUACGCUAGCAUGCCUGGCCCAGACGGCCCCAUUUCCAUUCGCGUCCUCCUUCGCUCCGCCCAGUCUACACGGGAAGCCGGUCGACAAGUAUUUUCGCAGCUUCGGAGCGCCGGUAUUGGAGGUUUCCAGCCUGGCUCAGGCUCCGGGUUUGGCUGGGAAGAGAUCAACUCGGGUGGCAACAUCGAGACAAUCCCGCCAUACACCUCCCGCAAGGGCAAGCGCUGGCCCAAUGGCCGUGUCAUCAUGGGCCACCAUUUCGGCACCUACCCAGCCGAGUCGAUGGUGAAAUUCCUCCAAAGCCAAAAGGCCCAAUCCCCGCUCUUCCUCGAAACAGGCUGGCUCGCCGUCGGCCACGUCGACGAGCUGGUCCAGUUCCUCCCCGCCAACACCAGCCUCGGCUUCACCAUGGCCGUAGCAGACACCACGUCCGCCACCGCCCUCCUCCGCGAGGCUGACGCCUCCGGCCACGGAACCACCCCCUUCGUCUCCUACACCGGCGACGCCACCCCCGACGAGCUGACCAUUUUCCUCGACCCCGCCUUCCUCCACAACACCUCCGUCUCCUCCCUGCUCUCGGACCCCUCCUUCCACGACACGCAAGCCUACGCCCAGCGCUACAUCGACCGGAACCUCGCCCUCCUCCUGAGCGAGAUACCACUCCAGGACAGCGACAUCCUCCGCGUCCCGACCCUCUUCAAAGACGUCAACUUCCCUUUCUUGCCGGCCACGCCCGACGGCCACCCGCCGCGGUUAUCCCCGCUGCGUGAGGGCGAGAGGCAGCUUAAGGCGAUGGUGCCCCAGGCGAUCAAUGGGUUGGUGCUGGGGAAUGGGAAGUAUCUCGCGCCGAAGCAGUGGGGGCCGGUGGUGGAUGGGAGGGAUAUCUUUGCUGAGGCGGUGGAGGAGGUUUAUGGGAGGGUGGGCAUGAAGGUGGAGUGGGUGGAUGACUAUAUGAGCCAUCAUGUUAGGGGCGGGGAGGUGCAUUGUGGGACGAAUGCGUUGAGGGAGAUGGGGGCGUGGUGGGAGGAGUAA